AUUUAGCAGCUGUGUUUUUAAAGUGCUGUUUAGGUGUGCAGUAAUUUUUGUAAUUUUCUAGAUAGCUGGUUAUAAAUAACUUAAUUUAUUUGAGUACAAGCGAAAAAUGUAUAAUAUUUUAGUGCAACGUUAAUAUAUACAUACACUGCUUACCAGAAAUAUACUACGCUCUUAUGUGUAAAUUGAAAAUUGAGCUGCGCGAAAAAUCGAUGCAGCUGUUGCGUAUGCUUAUGUGUGUGUGUUAAAAAAGCGCUGGAAAGUGCAAUGAAAACAAGCCGGCUUUCAAAAAAUACCAACUAAAUAAACACAAAACAAUUGUCGCAGCGGAAAAGUGUAUGUCAAUUUUCCAACUAUUUGUUACUUAAAUAUUUGUUAAUAAUUUUUUUUUGUGGGCUAUACAUAUGUAUGUAUAUACUCAACUGCAUAUGCAACAACUAUACAAAUAUGAGAGAGUUGUAUAAAAAUCGAUAAAAUGUGUGUAGAGCAGUAAAGUGGUUCCAAAAGAGUAAGAGUAAGGGGAAGUGCAAGUCUGAGAGCAGACUAAAAACCACAAUUCUUAUAAAAAAAAUGCAACAAUGUUUAAAUAACAAUCAAAAGCUUGCAAUAACCACAACGAACUGAGAUAAAGCACAAAUCGACAUUACCAAUUUUUCACUUGGUCCUCAAACGUACUUAUGCCUGUGUUUAUUUACAACUGUUAUGCACAAUUUACUUAAAACACAACGAAAUUACAUUGUCAAAGCGUAAAAUAUAAAAAUAGUGAAAAAUAAACAAAAAAAUAAUGUUAGUUAAAGUGAAAUAUAACGCAUUAAGUGAAAGCACAAGUUGAAAAAAAGUAAACACAAAUAGUUUGUAGCGCACAAACCUGCAUUAAAAAGUUAUUUGUUUCAAAAAGUGCAAAAUAUUUGCAAUUCACUUCAAAACAAAUGAUUUACACAACGUUGAACGUCUAAGUGCACAAAUAAUUAAAAUAAAUAAUAAAUAUAACACACGUAACGUAACUGUCGCAGUUUAUAACAGGCCAUCAUCUACGUAAACAAGCUGCUACGUCUUAACCCGUGAACCGUUCGUCGCAUUUUCGCCAUGACCUCUUACGUGGAGUUGUUUGUUUUGUUCCUGCUCUUGAUGCUUCCCUUUCCGUUCUUCUACGAAAACAGCCAUAUGUUUCGUUACUAUCUGAAAUUUUUCAUCUACUACGGCAUUGUAUCAUUCAAUUCGCUGAUCCUUAUACCGGCAUUCCUGUUACGACCGUUCGAUGUGCGAAAUUUGCUUUGGGCAAGCACAUUUUGUCAUCGCGUCUCGACUUUAAUCGGCCUACGCUGGGAGCUACGCGGUCGUGAACAUCUCGAAAAGGAUCAGGCAUGCAUAAUUGUGGCGAAUCAUCAGAGCUCAUUGGAUGUGCUUGGCAUGUUCGCAAUCUGGCACGUAAUGAACAAGUGUACAGUGGUGGCGAAACGUGAGCUCUUCUAUGCCUGGCCCUUCGGCUUAGCCGCCUGGCUGGCUGGCCUCACAUUCAUUGAUCGCGUGCGUGGCGAGAAGGCGCGCAACACACUGAACGCUGUCAAUAGCCGCGUCAAAUUGGAUAAUAUCAAAUUGUGGGUAUUUCCCGAGGGUACACGUCGCAACACCGGCGAACUACACCCCUUCAAAAAAGGCGCUUUUCACAUGGCCAUCGACGAACAAAUACCCAUACUGCCGGUAGUAUUUAGCUCGUAUUGCAGUUUUCUGAAUGACAAGAUGAAAAUCUUGAAUGCAGGCAACAUAAUCAUCACCGCUUUGCCGCCAAUUAGCACAGCAAAUCUGACCAAAGACGAUCUACCCGAACUGAUGGAGCGCGUACACCGACAAAUGGCGCUGACACUGAAGCAAACAUCGGCCGAAGUGCUGUCGCGUUACAAAAUAGUCAAAACGCCGCCAAUAACAGCGGCGUCCAACAGCGCCGGCAGCAAUAACGUAAGCGCCAGCAGUGCCACAAGCUUGCGUACUGCGUCUGAGUGCGCGACACUGAAGCGCACAGCAAAGCAAGCAGCGCCCGCCGCGGCGUCAGCAACUGUAGCGACUGCUACGCGGCAGGAACAUGUGGUGCGCGACUCAGCGCUGGCAAGCGGGGAGUGCAAACGUAGCAUUAAGCUUGCUUCGCCUGCGCUGAAGACCGCGAGCACAUAGGGCGGCGCGUGGUAAUGAGCAAGCGCAUAAGAAGACAAUUUUGCAGACUUUUUAACUGUGACACGAAUAAAGUUACAUAGCUUUCCAAUAACUUUAUGUAUUAUGUAAAAAAUAAUUAAGCUUAAGGCGAUCCUAUAUCACAUUUAUAUACAUAUUUUACUAGCUAAAGACAUAAUAUUCUAUACAACACACAUACAUGCGUACAAUAUAAUAUCAAUUAUGGUAUAUUUCUCUCUUAAUUACCAUUUGCAAUUUCACCAUCAGUUGAAAAAGUUAACGGAAACCAAAAAUGUAACGGUUGCGCGCAGCAAAUUUAUUGCAAUGGAUAUUUUUCAUAGUUUUAAACAUAUACAUACAUACAAGAAUUAGUAAAUUUAAGCAAAGAAUAUUUUUACGCACACAACUGUACUUGUGUAUAUGGUUGACAAGGGAAAAGUAUUUAAUUUUUUUGAUUAAAUAUUUAAUUUCAUAAACAUUCGUAUUACAUUUUAUAUAUGUCUACAAACACACAAACAAAUAUGGCACGUUUGGCUCUAUGUAAGUAAAUUAAAGAAUUACACAAUUUUCAUAUUUAUUUUCAUUAUAGAAAUAGCAUAUAUGUACAUACAUAUGUGUAUGUAUUUAACAGUUAUAUUUAUAUGCGCAACGAAUUUAAUUGUAUUUCAGAAAACGGCAUUGGUUCCUCUUAUUCGUGCUUAAAAUAAAUUAUAAAAAAAUUAUUUUUAAUUUUUUUGA